UUGUAGAUCAAGCUUUAGGGUUCCAAAAAAAAGUUUUCGGUAAAAAGACAUAAUCUGUAUUCGUAUAAUACAUGUCGUAAACAUAAUCCGUAUGUGGUUCCGGUAUUUUAGAGAUUCUCUACUCGACGUUUAGCCAAUCGAUACGACGCUUCUUACUAACCAUCGUAUCGCGAUAUCGAUUGACGUGAGAGUAUCGAGAUGUAUUGACCAGUGGGAGCGAGGUUUAAUUAAGUUGAGUUAAACUGUGUAAACAAUGUUGCCUUUGUCUUUAUUAAGAACUGCGCAAAACCAUCCCAUGCUGGUGGAGCUUAAAAAUGGGGAAACGUAUAAUGGACAUUUAGUUAGCUGUGACAACUGGAUGAAUGUAAAUCUCAGAGAAGUCAUAUGUACCUCAAGGGAUGGCGAUAAAUUCUGGAGGAUGCCAGAGUGCUAUAUAAGAGGUAGCACAAUAAAGUAUCUAAGGAUUCCUGAUGAAGUAAUAGAUAUGGUAAAAGAGGAUGUACAGAUGAAAUCAAGGGGACGUGGUGAGAUUAAAGGCAGAGGCCAGAGUCAGAGAGGACGUGGUGGUGGAAGAGGUACCUUUGGCAGAGGUGGAAGAGGGCCAGCUCCAUUAGGUCGUGGAGGAGGGACACAAGUGGGGAAUAAAUCACAAAAUAAACCAAGGCCAAAAUAAAAUUGAAUGUUAUUUUUAUUGAGUUGUAGUUCAAUCUGUAAAAAAUACUUUUACGUUACAGAUAAUCUCAUAAAAUUGUACUAUCAAGUUGUUUGUUGUUGUACAUCUUGUACACAAAGCAUUAUGUACACAUAACGAUAGUUAAUGAUUUUUUUCACGUGUGUAAAUGAAAUUAUACUUUGAUUACAUAUAAAGAUCGUACACUUUGCUUACAAAA